AUGACGACCGAACUCAAGAAGGUUCCGAUUCCCCGUCGCGGUGUCGACUACAGGGGCAAAAUCGUGCUUGCGCCCAUGGUGCGCUCGGGAGAGCUACCCUCUCGUCUCCUUGCGCUACACUAUGGCGCAGACUUGGUAUGGGGCCCCGAAACGGUGGACAAGGCCAUGAUCGGCACCACGCGCAAAGUGCACCAAGAAACAAAUACCAUCAUGUGGACUCGCAAGCCGUCGCAAGGCGCCAAACAGCCUCGAGAAGACCUCAAGGACAACAUCAUAUAUCAGGUGCAUCCGGAAAAGGAAGGACGAAACCUGAUUUUCCAAAUGGGCACUGCCAACCCCGAACUCGCCGUCGAGGCAGCAAGAAUGGUUGCGGCAGAUGUUGCGGGUAUCGAUGUGAAUGCAGGAUGCCCAAAGCCAUUUAGUGUACAUUGUGGUAUGGGAGCUGCGCUGCUCAAGACGCCUGAUUUGUUGUGCUCCAUUCUCGAAGCUUUGGUAAAGAACAUUGCUUCCGAGUACGAAAUCGGCAUCAGCGUCAAGAUCAGAAUACUCGAAACUCCGGCUGAAACAGAAGCGCUUGUUCGAAGGCUGGUGGAUACCGGUAUCACCGGUCUGACGGUUCAUUGUCGUACGACUCCUAUGCGUCCCCGAGAAGCCGCCAUCCGGGAACAGCUACGAAUGGUUGCUGAUAUCUGCCAUGAGGCUGGUGUUGCUUGCGUCAUGAACGGAGAUGUCGAAUCUCGUGAUCAUGGUCUGAAAUUAAUGGAAGAGUACGGAACUGACGGUGCCAUGAUUGCGACCUGUGCGGAAAAGAACUCGAGUUGUUUCCGAAGCGGCGCAGAUGGCGGCCCAGCUCCAUGGAAGGAAGUCGUCGAACAUUAUGUCCGAUACUGCAUGGAAGUUCAGAACAAGUUUGGCAACACCAAAUAUUUGCUUUGCCAGAUUAUCCCUGGAAAGCAGCGAGAGUACAAAAUGAUUAGCGCCUGCAAGAGCUACACCAAAGUCUGCGAGAUGCUCGGCUUUGAGAAUCUUGUGGACCUGGCACGGGACGUUGACGAGAGGCUCGGCAUUGAUCCGGCAGGCGGCCCAAAGAACAAGUCGCAAGCACAAAAGCAGACAAAUAAGAGCGCCAUGGCUGCUGGAGGUCAAAAGGCCGAUUUCAGGCCCAACGCCAAGAAGCCCCUGUCGGAACGAGGCGUGACGGCACAACAAACCGAGACAAAUCCGGCGCCGGCGGUCCAAUUGGCAGAGGGAGUGGCGAUGCCAGCAUGA